ACAUGGCCGCUUGAAGUUAGAAAACAAGCGAUACACUUGGGCAAAAUUGAAUUGCCCUCCGUGAGCUCGCUACAAAUCCGUACAUUUAAUGUUACCAAGGUGGCACCGCCCAGUGACAUUAAACUACACCAAUUCCCACUUACACCUUGUAAAAUCCUCAAGGUAUUUAACCUGGAGGACGUGGAGAUAGGCACAGAAAUUGGCCCAGUCAUGUUCAUUGAACUCAUCCUAUUCACAAUUUCAUUUGCCAGCUUCACUGAAGCUAUCAUUGAUCAGUGUUUAGUUCGCCACAAAGAAGUCCCCUGUAGAUACACAUCCCGGCGAUGGACCUACGACGAGGCCCUGGACAUUUGCCUUCCCUUCGUCUUCGGCAGGUGUGUCGAGCACAGAAACAAUUUCAAAACGAAGGAGGAGUGCGUGGACACAUGCGUGCGCGGACGAAUUGACCUCUGCAGUGCCCCGACCACAUAUGGUCCGUGUCGCUUUGACGUGCCUGUGUGGGGCUACAACCCAGCACUACAAAAGUGCGUGCGAGUUGCGCUCGGCUACUGCCGCGCGACCAAGUACUACUUCGACACGAAGGCGGACUGUGAAAAGGAAUGCAUGCCGUGGUACCAGGAGGUCUGA